GAUUCUGUGAUCAAAACUAUUGCUUAGUGCAAGUUACCAGUGACAGACACCUCAAAGCCUCCUUGCUGUUGGAACAGAUGUCAUAUAACAGAGCCUUACAACGUUUUUUUUCUCUCAGCAGUACUAAAUCUUACCCUGACCGCUGUCAGGAAGUUGGGAAUAACGUCCCCCGCAGUGGGCCCUGUAGCACCUGUAGGUGAUGGCAAGGCCGAGGCCGCGCAACGCCCGCCCAGCGCUCCCCGCCCUUAGCAACGGGCCGCGUCGCCGCCGUAGUUGCGGCCAUGGCGGCGGGCGCUGCGCGGAGCCGACGGAUCUUCCUCAACCACCUCGAUUCCUACUGCGGCCGCAGCAUCGGCGAGUAUUUAUCCAGUUGUGUUGUCGGAGCGUCGCUAGAAAGCGUGGAAGGAGAGGAGGAGGAAAGUGAGAAUCACUUGGAGGCUGAAGUUUCCAGGAGGCGGAAGGAGGGACUCUACCAAAUAGUGGGGACUCUCUCUAAGCCAGAGAGUAUUAAACCACGCUUUGCAGAGGAAACAUAUGCAGAAGUUUUACACGUAUUUAUUCCUCUGCACCCUGUCAUCUCCUCCCUGCUUGUUUGGAUAUAACAAAUGUUAAAACAAAGGAAUCCAGUCUUAAAAAAGAUUCUUUUUUAAAUAAAACAACAGUUCUGGACAUGUUGUCUAUCCUGAUCACCCACAGAUCUGUUUUCUUUUUCCCUCAAAACACACUGUUGUCUCUCUCAUAUCUUCUAUCACCUAAAUGUAGUAGUACUGUGAACAAAGCAUCUUCCCUCCUUAACACUUCACUGACAUAACAGCUAACUGUUCUAAAUACAUACUUUUUGCAUAUACAUCCAAAGUUCAGUUAACUGAAGAAGGCUUGAUUAUUAUUUUCUGAAACCAAAAUUGUUUGUAACCAUCAAGUUGAUUAUCCAGAAUCUCUUCAAAAAUGUGAACCUUUUGAUCGGAAAUUCUAUACAGAUGAGUCUUUAUUUUAAUAAAAAAUAAAUAUGGGUAACUACGUAAUCUCAAGCGCUGCUGUCGUACAGAAUGUUUGUUGGACUUGUUUGAGUGAUGCAGACAAGUUAGCAAAAAGAUGGGAUAUUGUUUUGUAAGAAAACAGAUUUUUGUGUGUUUCCAUUUUGCCACCUGAUUCUUGUUCAAAAGAACUAUAAACGCCAUAUAUAUUUUUGUGAUAUUAAUAAGUGUACUGAAAAUACAAAUCCUAAAAUCACGUAAAAGCGUAUGUCUUUUUGAACUAUAUAAAUGUGCAC